AUGAGCUCGAACAUAGAUGAUUACGAUGACCUUGAUGAGUUCCUAGAGGAUCCGUCCAAGUUGGAUGAAGAGCAAGCCAACACAGCUGCGGAAACUUCGAAGAGCGCGGCAGCGAUGAGCAACAACAAUCCCGAAACCGCUAGCGCGAUUGAGGAUUUACAGAGCGAAUUCGCCAAGCUGAUGCAAGAAGGAGGCGAUUCAGAGGAGAACAAGAAAACAGUGGAAAAUUUCAAGCAGUUGCUGAAUGUUUUAGGGGAGGCGGGAUCAGGCGACCCUGCCGCUACCACUGGGACUCGCCAACCUGCUGGGGCGACGACUGAUACAGGCGCUUUCAACGGGGUGACAGGUGCGAGUACAAGCGGCAAGGGCGCUGGGUUCAAGGAUAUUGUGUCCAACACUUUAGACCGUCUAAAAGAGAACGGCACCAAGGUCGACACCAACCUCAUGGAAGAGAAGAAAAAAGGCAACUCUGACGACAUUCUAUCGCAGCUGUUGGGCCAGCUAGUUGAAGGAGAUGCCGAUGACGAAGAGGGUGUCGAGAAUGCCAUCAAAAGUAUGCUCAACCAAAUGUCCGCCAAAGAAGUGCUCUACCAGCCGAUGAAGGAAAUGCAUGUAGAAUACACGCAGUGGAUGGACGCAAACUCGGAAUCUGAAGAGCACGCCGACAAAUUGCCUGUGUAUCGGCAGCAGUUUGAGCUGGUGGGCCGGAUAGUAACCAUUUACGAGCGCGACGACUACGAGGACAGCAAAUACCGCGAUGAGGUUGGGCAACUGCUCGACGAGCUUGAGCAGCUUGGGGAAUCGCCUGUCAGUAAGGGCUUUGGGAGCGCAGACUCGGCGGACCUUAACAAGCUGCUAGAGGUUGACGGCAAUGAAGACAUGAGCAACAUCGACAAAGAGUUGCAGGAUACUUGUAAACAACAGUAA